CGACGUGCGAAGGAACUGACCGGUAUACCUACGGUGAGCACCAAACAAGUCCGCUUAAUCUAGGUUAAACAAAGGCCAAAAAAACACCCGUAGAUAAUCUAUAAGGGCGUCCUAGCAGGUUGCAAAUAGUGUCACAGAAUGGGCAGGCGACUAACAGCCACAGACUUCCAGAAUUCUCAUCCGGAAUUAAUGUCCUGGUUCAAACCACUCUCCAAGGUCGUUGGCACCCACAUGGCCGUAGGACCAUGUCGGUCAUUCUAUGCAUGCAUCCCAACUUCCUCUGCAGGUGGAACUUUCUACUCUCCACAAAUUCCGACUACCCUCAAAAACCUGCUAGAUGCUAGCAGCUCUAACCCAAAUAGGAAGUUCACUACCCAAGUGAGCCUUGGCUAUGGGGGUUCAUGGUUCGUAUUGUGGCCUAACGGAGACGUAUCAUGGGAUCUUGCCGGUCAAUUCGAGGGGCUGGAAGAUGUGCUCAAGAAGUUACCUGAAAAGUGCAUUUCGUACCUAGCACUUAAUCCCUGGGCUCCGGGACAGUAUUUCCUGGUUGCUGAGGAUGGAACCGUCAAGUUUUGUCUACCAGCUGAAUGGGCUGUGACGAUCGAGGAGGAUAUUGCAACGUGGCAGAAUCGGUUCAAAACAGUCACUUCUAGUACAAUCAGAGGUGGAAAAGCAGAUUCUUCAACAGCACUGCCAGGUGGAAAGAUAGGUCUCCCGAUUAAGGAGGAGAAGGAUGGGAAGAGCGAGAAAAAGGGAGGACAUGAUCUUCCGCCGCCCUAUGAAGGGAGGCACAAGUGAAGGUGGUGGAUAUACGUUUUUUU